CGCAAAUGCUCGAACGACCUGCGUGCGUUUUUGACUGGACCAGGUCUGUUUCACCUACUUUUACUCUACCCUCUCAAUGCUCCCUCUUCCUCCCGUAGGUCAUCAGGAUAAUGAUGGGAGCACGAGUUCUCGCCGUUCACCCACCUCGUCUUCCUUCAUCCUUUACUAUUACUAUUAUUACGAUGACUCAGCACGAAGAAGAAUCGAAAGACAGACGUGCAAGGAACAGAACAUAUUGAUCCAGAUGAGAUAGAUAUACAGAGAGAGAGCAGAGGAUGACAACAAGGAGGAUGAGACGCGAAGAGGAGGUGGGGGCGAUGGGCACGACGGAGGGCAGGAGUCGGGAGGAGGGGGAGGGGCGGCCGCCUUCUCGGCUUCCGAUCCCAAGGACAGGAGAUUUCUUGGGGAAGCACCGCCUGUCUGCUGCCAUAAACCGCCUCGACCAAGAGAUCCACUCCCUCCAGGAGGAACUAGACAAACUCGAUUCAACAGAGCCUUCCUCUGCAGCAUGCAAGGAGGUUCUCGUUAGCAUGGAAGGCAUACCUGACGCCCUCCUUCCUGUCACCAGAGGCCCAGAGAUCGCUGCCUGGAACCGGUGGUUUGAGAGGGUCCGUAGCUCUCAUGGUCACAAAUGGUGGCAGAAAGGUUCCGAUUUUUCUUAAUGUUGGUGUCCGGUCAUGGAUGAAAACAUUCACGCGGACAUCCCAAGUCAAGUUUUACGUGUCAUUCUUCUGACGCCUGGGCUAUUCAUUCCCGGAGAUCCAAACAGACAGAAAUAUGUCGUGAGCUUGGUUAUGUAAAUGCUUUCCCCUAAGGGGCAUAUAUUGAUUCCCAUGAAAGAUAAAAGGAUGUUAAUUUGCAUAGAUGACACUUGGAUAUUUAUACAGCAGUUUCUCUGAUAUGCUUUUCUAGUACAGUUCAGGGAUUUUAUAUGUGCUGAGA